AUGGUCGGGUUUCAAAUUGGUGCCAAAGGAAAGAUGGGAGGAAAACGGAGGCGCAAUACGGGCGAAGCGGCGAAGAAGCGCUUCAAGUUGGAGAAAGAAAACGACGGUGGUGCGCCAAAGGAGGACCCUGUGGGAGAAAAGGCAGCCGUGACGGGAAACCACAACGACACAGAGAACAAACCUCCGGCAGAGUUGAUCCAAGAAGCCAAGUACUAUCUGGAAUCGUACCGCAACAGAGACAAGCCUCGGACCGCGGACGAACCCGAGUGGCGAUUCAAGAAGGCCAAGCAAGUGUGGAUCCUGCGUUGGAUGUACCGUGCCGACGUGGUCAACAAAGCACUUUUUACCAUUGUACUCGAGUACUUGGAAGGCAUGCAAGGCACUGCACGCGAGCGUGUGCUUCGCGAUGCCCAGCAAGUCGUGGAAGAACUCAGCAAACUGGAAAAGGUUGACGAAAAGGACCAAACGCUGCAGCAAAAGCUUGAACGGAGAAAGCUUAAGCGGGCGUUCCAAGUGGCCAAGAUCCUAGCUUAAGUCGUAACCUCCGAUAUCCUCGAUUGGUCUCUAUGUUUACACCACCAAACUAGCUCUAUUCGGUGCGCAUGCGAUCGCUUAGCUCCACAUAUUCAGGUCUUCCUCGCGGUUCACAGGUGUGUACCAAGGUGGGUACUCCAUGUUGGGAUUGUACCUAGUGAAAUCGUCGCACCCUCCAACACUUGGGGCAAUUGGGCCUGGUGG